AGUUGAGACUUACAUGAUGUAACCAAGAAGAAUACAUACAACACAAUCUUUUGUUGUGUUGGGCAAAAACAUUUAAAACAACAAUCUAAUCUCAAGUUAUUUCAAUUGGUUAAUAUAGAAUGGUUAGGCUUUCUUGGGUACAAUACAUCAAUGUUUUAAAUGUAAACCAAUUGAAAUAACUUGAGAUUAGAUUGUUGUUUUAAAUGUUAUUUACUUUGUUUUUUAAGGUACAAUACAACAAUCUAAUCUAAUCUAAUCUCGUAAAUAGUGAAGUAGCUUUGUUUUCUUCGAUUGAAAAGGACUACAUCUCCUAGUCCUAGCUGAGUGAUGUGAGAGUGAGAAACAUGGAAGGAGUUGAGCUUGAACUAGAGAGAAGAAGCAAGUUCUUGAACAACUUGAUACAGCAGAAGAAGAAGGCUAAAGAGCAGCAAGACCAGAAAGACGAGUUCAAUGUCCGGGUUCGAGCUUCCGACAUGCCUCUGUCAGUGCAAAACAGGGCCUUCAGUUUGUCCCGUGAGCUCUUGAAUGCCACUCCUGGAAAGGCCGACAACAAAAGACUCGCUCUCGCCCUAAAAAAGGACUUCGAUUCUGCCUAUGGCCCUGCAUGGCAUUGCAUUGUUGGGACAAGCUUUGGCUCAUACGUGACUCAUUCCGUUGGAGGAUUCUUAUAUUUCCAGAUCGACAAGGUUUAUGUUCUUCUAUUCAAGACUGCUGUGGAACCCCUAGAUCACCAAUGAGAAAGCUGAUCCAUCAAAACAAAAAGAAGAGCAGCUUCUGUUUUUCAAUUUCUGCCCUGUAUUAUUAUUUCUAGUUCGAUGUGUCAAGAAUAGGUUUGUCUCAUUCAUGUUCUGUAAUUACAAGUGGACUUAACGUUCUUGAGAAACUUCUAUUUUUGGUGCUUUGUGCA